AUGGAUUUGGGCAUCGCGGCCUUGGGGGGCACAGGCUCCAGGCUCACCCGGGUCUCUAUUAUCAUUUCAGGUGUGGCUUCGCUGGUUGCCACUCUGCUAUCAGUCGUUUCGAUAUGGCUUCAAACGAAGAAUUACCGGAAACCUUUACUUCAACGCUAUGUUGUACGAAUCUUGUUGAUGGUGCCGAUCUAUGCAGCGUCGUCGUGGACAAGCAUCAUCUCGCUGAAAGCUGCUAUGUUCCUUGACCCUAUUCGCGAUAUUUACGAGGCUUUUACUAUAUAUACCUUUUUCCAGUUGCUUAUCAACUUUGUUGGCGGGGAGCGAGCAUUGAUUAUCAUGACUCACGGACGACCCCCAGUACAGCACAUGUGGCCGAUGAAUACCUUCCUUCCCAAAGUCGACAUUUCAGACCCUCACACGUUCCUCGCCAUUAAACGAGGCAUUCUUCAGUACGCCUGGUUAAAACCUGUCCUCGCGAUUGUGUCGAUUAUACUCAAGGCAACAGACACGUAUCAGGAGGGAUACAUUGGCGCAACAUCGGGUUAUCUGUGGACUGGCCUCAUUUAUAAUCUUAGCGUCACCAUCAGCCUUUACUCGCUGGCGCUGUUCUGGAUCUGCAUGCACAAUGACCUAAAACCCUUUCGCCCGGUUCCAAAGUUCCUUUGUAUCAAGCUCAUCAUUUUCGCUUCAUAUUGGCAGGGCUUCUUUCUAUCUAUUCUGCAGUGGCUGGGUGCCAUUCCCAAUGGCGUAGCUGGGUACACGCCAGACAACCUGGCUGCAGCUAUCCAGGACACGCUGAUCUGCAUUGAGAUGCCAGCUUUCGCCGUUGCACACUGGUAUGCCUUUUCUUGGCAUGAUUUUGCAGACAACCGGGUUUCGUCGGCUCGUAUGCCCGUUAAACAUGCGCUGAAGGAUUCGUUCGGCGUGCGGGAUCUCAUCGAAGACACGAAACAAACAUUUCGAGGAAACGAUUACGAGUAUCGACUAUUCGACUCUGGAGACAACAUCAUUGCCCAUGAGGAAUCCAGUUCCCGUCUAAAGCGAGUCAUGGAGGGAAUGCGGUAUGAACGAGGAGGCAAGGGUAAAUAUUGGAUUCCAAAACCUGGUGAAGCCAACAGUCGCACGCCACUGUUAUCUGGGGGUGAUCAACAAGGCCGUAGAGGCUCGCCAAACCAGUCUAAACGAGGAAGCACCGUUGAACAGUUCCGCUCAUACGGGGAACUGGAAGAAACCAGGAUGGAUGAGGACGACGAGCGGCUGUUUGUAAACGCACGUGCUUUGGAGUUCGGAGAUUGGAAUUACCCUGUCAUCACAGCCAAUGAAGUUCCACGGGAUCAGAGGUUACCCAGGACAAUAAGCUACCAGAGUCAGGAUUCAGAUCAUGGCCACGUAGUAAGGAAAUCCCGGGGACACCGCAACAGCCAUGUCUCUAGUGAGGAUCGUGCCAGUCGCAAGCCACGCAAACCAGCCCAAGUAGAACGCGGGUCCAGUGCAUCGACAGUUUCUCCAUCGAACCGCAGCCAAGUGGUUGAUCUGGUCGUGGAGAACCGCGCUGCAGAAGAAAGAGAACAAGACAAGGCACAGCGACAAACGGGGUCCGCAUGGCCCGAAAGGCAGGACGUUCACUUACAGAGACCUACCGGCGAGCCUGUAGGAGUAGUACGCCCGCAGCCAACAGAAGGCAUUCUUUCUCCUACGCUCGCAUCAAGCACUACCGGGGUGGACGAAGACGAUGAUGAAACAAGCCCUGGGGCACAGAGCCCUCGGUACGGCGACUUUCGUGAAGAACAGAACAUCUGGGGCAGAUGA